GGUGAGAUCAGAGUGGCGCGCGAAGCCAAGUGGACGCUCUGGCGGCGGGUCGCCCUGAGGAGCGACGGCUCAGCCCCGAGCGCGGGGCUUCCUUAGCGGGACAGCGGCCCGUCUGUCCCCGUGAGUGUCGGAGGGGGGGGGGGGGUGCUGAUUUACCGCUGCAGAAGCUGCUUUUGUCGUAAGGCGACGGACCGAAUGGAAGUGUCGAAGGGGCCGUGAGGUGAAUGUCGGUGCGCGGGAAGCCGUGGGGCAGCGAGCGCACGGGCGCGUGGAGCCGGUAACCUGAGGAGAAAUCUGAACCGCUGCACAAUCUGGAAUGCAAAUCGGGUGUGAGGUAGAGACGGCUCAUUCUGCCUCUGCCUGCAGAGGUUUGGCUUCUGUCUUCUGAAUUCACGGUGGAGCGGCUAAGCUGGAAAGGGCGGAUCGUCCCCUGGCCUCCCCUGUAUGUGAGAGACGGGGCCGGCGCCUCGAACGGAGCCGGACCGCGGGAGGGCUGAGCCGGGAGCCGCCGCGGGAGGAAAGGAGGCUGCGGGGAGUGCUUCCUUCCCACUGCCCGCACCGCCUGGCGCGGCAGCCCCAGCAUGGAAGCCAUCGCCAAAUACGACUUCAAAGCUACAGCAGAUGACGAGCUGAGCUUCAAACGGGGGGAUAUACUUAAGAAUCGGAUUCCAACUAAGCAAGGGGAGACAAGGAACACAAUCUGUUUGUAUACAACUGAGCCUAACGUUUUGAAUGAAGAAUGUGAUCAGAAUUGGUACAAGGCAGAACUCAAUGGAAAAGAUGGCUUCAUUCCCAAGAACUAUAUAGAAAUGAAACCACAUCCGUGGUUUUUUGGAAAGAUUCCCCGAGCAAAGGCUGAAGAGAUGUUAGGCAAACAGAGACACGAUGGUGCCUUCCUUAUCAGGGAGAGUGAGAGUGCUCCUGGGGACUUCUCCCUCUCAGUCAAGUUUGGAAAUGAUGUGCAGCACUUCAAGGUGCUUAGAGAUGGGGCUGGCAAGUAUUUCCUCUGGGUGGUGAAGUUCAAUUCUUUGAACGAGCUGGUAGAUUAUCACAGAUCCACAUCUGUCUCCAGGAACCAGCAAAUAUUUCUACGGGAUAUCGAACAGGUGCCACAGCAACCAACCUAUGUUCAGGCUCUGUUUGAUUUCGAUCCCCAGGAGGAAGGAGAGCUGGGUUUCCGCCGUGGAGACUUUAUCCAAGUCCUUGACAAUUCUGACCCCAACUGGUGGAAGGGAGCCUGCCACGGACAGACGGGCAUGUUUCCACGCAACUAUGUGACCCCAGUGAACCGGAACAUCUAGAGAUAAAUAUUAGAGAUUAUUUAAAGAAACAAGAGAAACAAGAAAUACACAUACAGAGCCUAACUGCAGCCAGUGACCUAAAAUCACACGGUGAUAAAACCUGAGUCACCUUUCACCACGAGGUGAUCCUCCUUCACAGUGUGGAACUUCAGGGGCUGAAGGGGUUUGGGGAGGGGGGGGGGGGGGAGGGGAAGAGUUCAACUUACACACCAAAACUUAUCAUUAAAAAAGAAAAAAAAAACAAAUAACGAAUUUCCUCAGCUGCUCCUGGGUUACUCCCUUUCGUUUACUUAUUGUUUUCACCCUCCUCCUCUGUCCAGGCAUGAAGUUUUAAUGCCAUUUAAAAUUGUAGCCAUGCAGUUAAAGGAAAAGGGAGAAACUCUGCUGGUAUUUUCUCUCUGCAAAUGGUUCAUUUGACAUGAAGGGACAUGAGAGAAGAACCAAAUACACAGUCCUGCCUUUAAAAGAAAGUCUGUUCUUGCCUUCAGCAUUCAGCUGCUCUUGCCUGGGAAAGAUGAGGUAUUGCUCUAAUUUUGUCUCUUCUCCUUUGUCACUUUUCUUCUGAAGCUCGGCAGCUUCCAAGCUGAGGAAGGGAGAAGAAUUGUGAUUUUUCUUUUUUUUUGUUUGAGUCACAGAGUUGCUUUCAGAAACUCCAAAUUACAACUGAAGUCUGUUAUUGCUGUGCUGACAGCCUUUUUGUUUUUUUUCUUAACUGUGUACGGUUGAGCACAUUCUGUAAUUUUUUCCAUAGUGCCUUUCCCUUAUUUCUUUUUUUAAUUAUUUUUUAAGUUAAAAGGACAGUCCAGAGCUUUUCAGAGGGCUUUUUUCUGCCUACAUGUAAAUAAAUACUUUUGGGUGAAAGGUGUAAAGGAGGGUGGCUUUAUCAAUAGAUAUCUGAAAAAAAAAAAAAAUCUACAGAGGUGGGGCUUUGUUCUGAGGAUUUGACUUGUUCUUUGACUUCCCUUGUUACAGGAAAAAAAAAAAAAAAAGCAUUCCUUGGCAGCUUAGGCUGCUCAAACAUGGGAAGCUGAAACCAGAAGCCUUGAAAGAUUUAAGAUAAAGGGGAAAGGUAUGACCAGGGAAAAUGAGGAAGAAUAUUUGGGGGAGGGAGGGUUAAGUGGGGAAUUUGAGAAAGAGUAGCCCUGAGAUGUCCUACAAAAUGUACAUUCCGUUGAUGGAAAAUUUUAAUGCAGAAAAACCUCAAGAAACAGUGCUUGAAAACAUUUUAUGCUAUUAGUGAAUGUUUCUAUGUGAUGCAUGUAAUCAGCCUGUCUCUUUUGCCUGGAUAGGGAGUAUUUGCAGUCGUGUUGCUCUUGAAAAGUGGGGUUGGCAUCACUGUUCUCCAGUUUCUCCUUCCCUCUUCAGGUCAGUGUUACUUUUAGACUCCCCAUUCGCAGCAGGCUGUGUGAUGACUAUAAUCCCCACCUCUUCUCAUAAUGGCCUUCAUUGUGGCCAUUUCCUCUUCCACCAGAGCAGUGUGACAUUGAAUUGGAUAGAAAGAAAUCAAACUGCAUUACUCCCUGUGCCAAUCUUCAGUUGUGUUGUUUCUCCUUUUGAGAGCCGUUUGGCUGGAUCCCUUCACUCCAACAAUGAAUCCAGAAACUGCAGUGGAGAGCUCCUCCUGCCCUGCCUAAGUACAGGCAGUCUUUUGUUGGAGGGUGCCUUUUUUGUACUAAAUGUUACAAAUGUUUUAUUCCUGAGACAAACUCUGCCUUAUACUUUAAUUUUCCAGCAGAUGAAAGAGAGAGCUAUCCUGUAGAGCAUUACUUUCUCCCCCUCUCCUUGCUAGUUGUCACUCACUUUCUUCCUUCUUUGUAAAGUGAUUGGAAAAAAGAAUCUAUGGCAUUCUACACCUGGACCAUUUGAUUGUUUCCUUAUUUUGGAAUUGGUGUAUAUCAUGCAACCUUGCAGACUUAUGUCUUGUGUGUGUAUAUAUAUUAAAAAAAAAAAUCAGUGUUUAAAUAAAAAAGGCCUAUGUACUUAAUCCUUUAACUCUGCAGCAGCAUUUGGUAGAUAGUAAUUAACUGUGAAUAAUAAAUAUACAUUGAAUUCUUCA